AUGGGUUCACAAUGCACUAAUUCGUCUGCAAAUUUCAGCCAAUCCUGCCACCCCGACGACUUAACAGCCUUGAAUGGCUUCAUAGACAGCCUUCAAUCAGCACCAAGCAGCUGGGGCGGCGACAAAUUAGACUGUUGCAGCUGGAAAGGAAUCACCUGCCAGGUUCAUCAACGGGUGAUUGGUCUAGAACUCCCUGGAAACAAGCUGGCCGGCAAACUUUCAGGAGCCUUGUCAGGUUUAGUCAAUCUCAAAACUCUCAAUCUUUCUAACAAUUACUUAUCUGGUUCUGCUCCAACUGACUUGUUUCGAUUUCCAAAUCUUCUAUUUCUCGAUUUGAGCCAUAACCAAUUCUCUGGAUCCCUUCCACCCGGAAUCUCCCUUCCCAAGAUCAGGAUCUUGGAUCUCUCCGACAAUUCUUUCGUUGGCGUCCUAAAAUGGGAUAUUUCCGAAAUCUCAACAUCCUUGGAGGUCUUUGAUCUAUCCCUGAAUUACUUAUCCGGGGAAAUCCCUCCUGGUUUUGGAAACUGUAACUUGCUUAAAAAGUUAUUACUUGCUGCAAAUUAUUUCGCAGGAAACCCACCAAAGGAUGUCUUUUGGCUUCAGGGGAUGACUCGAUUAGAUCUCUCCGACAACGAGCUGUCUGCAACUUUAACACCCGAUUUCGGAAACCUCACCAGCUUAAUCCACCUCGAUAUAUCUUCCAAUAAUUUCUCGGGACAGAUUCCCGACAUUUUCCAACGUCUCAAAAACCUUAAACACUUCUUCGUAAACUCAAACAGGCUUUCGGGCAACUUGCCAAUGUCUUUGGUAAACUCCCCCAGCAUUUCAUCCCUUAACGUGAACAAUAAUUCCUUGUCCGGUUCCAUUUCCGUUGUUAACUGCUCUGCCAUGCAGUCUUUAACUUAUCUUAACCUCGGUAGCAAUAACUUUGUUGGACCAAUUCCCGACAGCCUCUCUUUAUGUCGACGACUACAAGUCCUACUGCUGGCUCGAACCAGGCUCAACAGCCAAAUACCCGAAAGCUUUAAGGACCUGAAGUCGCUCACAACCUUAUCGGUUUUCAGAUCGAACAUCUCAAACCUCUCGUCAGCUCUUUCCAUCCUCCAACUAUGUGAAAACUUAACCAGUUUGAUCUUGACAGCUAAUUUUAAGAACGAGGCCAUGCCAAUUGACUCUGGCCUGAGAUUUGGCAAUGUCAAGACUCUUGUGAUUGCCAAUUGUGGUCUAACCGGUUCGAUUCCUUAUUGGUUGAGUCAUUCAGCCAACUUACAACUAUUGGAUCUUUCCUGGAAUAAAUUGACAGGUGAGAUUCCUUCAUGGUUCAACAGCUUGAACUUUAUUUUCUACUUGGACCUGUCAAAUAAUUCCUUUAAUGGACAAAUCCCUGAAAGCUUAACAGAGCUAAGAGGCUUGAAAUAUAGAAACUCAUCGGUUAUAGCUUCCUCUACAGUACUGGAUCUUCCACUUUUGCUAAAAACGAACCAAUCUUUACAAGCCAGGCAAUAUAAUAAAUUGUCAAGCUUUCCUUCUACCUUAGACUUGAGCUACAACAAGUUUGUGGGCCAAAUUCUGAUAAACUUUGGGCAACUGAGGGCACUCCAAGUCUUUGAUUUGAGCCAUAAUAUGUUAUCUGGAGAUAUUCCUAGUAACUUGUCUAAGAUGGCUAGUUUGGAGACAUUAAACUUGUCAUAUAACAAUCUGUCUGGGUCAAUUCCACUUUCAUUGCAAUUACUCAACUUUCUUUCCAAUUUCAAUGUUGCUUACAAUUUUCUUACUGGGAGGAUCCCAACCGGAGGGCAGUUUUCGACGUUUCCAGAUUCGAGUUUUAAGGGGAAUUCAGGCCUUUGUAUGAAACCAUCUUGCGGUGGUUCUGUGGGGAAGGAACCUGCUAAUAAAGAAGGUGGUGGUGGUGAUUUUGAUGUAGAUUCAAUCUUUGGGCUGCAAUUUGGUAUUGGUGUUAUUUUAGGAUUUAUUAUUACUGUGGUGGUGAAGUUAAUACUAAUUCCUCGUCGUAAGGAAAAGAAAAGGAAAUUUCCACCUAAUUAUUUCUUAAUGAGAUGA